CCACGGGCGGCAAAGCGGAAAAGUCGGAAAAGUUAGAAAAGCCGAGCAGUGCCGAGAGUCUGAAUAGUGCCACAAAACGGACCUAACUGUAUAGAAACCGAAGAAACGCGAGUGCGGAAAAGCAUUGCAGUGGAAAUUGCGGACAGGCGGAAACCGCGUUUCGGUUACAUUAUCCUGGCAUCUCGAGUGCCUGAAUAUUUCAAAAAGCAUAUCAGCAUCGCUGCGAAAUCAAUCCUCGAGUGGACCUUUAAACAGCGAAUUGAACCCGAAAUUAAAAUUAAAAACACAAAAAACACGAAAACCGCAGAAACAAAAACCGAAAUGUGUCUCUGGAUAAUCGUCGGCGUGCAGCGUUUUAUGAAAAUGGCAUUGCCAUUGCGGCAUUAAAAUGCAAUUUGUGCCGGUCGCCCAGUCCAGUGACUGUCAAACUGUUGCCUCUUUAGCGGAUUAAUAUUUUUGUAAAUACCACCCAAAGAGUCGAACGCAAAAAAUAUAAAAAAACGGGUUGAAAAACAGAAAAUUCAUCAGCAACAACAGAGUCCAACAUGUCGGCCAUAAAGCUGCUCAUUAUCGGUCACCUUUGGCUCUCGAUUGGCCUGAUCUCCGGGGACGAUUCGCUGGACACGCGUGAGGGCGUCGAUCUGGUGCUCAAGUGCCGCUUCACCGAGCAUUACGACUCGACCGACUUCACCUUCUACUGGGCACGAUGGACCUGCUGUCCCACAUUGUUCGAGAACGUGGCCAUUGGCGAUGUGCAGCUCAACUCGAAUUAUCGCUUGGACUUUCGACCGAGUCGCGGAAUUUACGAUUUGCAAAUCAAGAAUACGUCUUACAAUCGGGAUAAUGGACGCUUUGAGUGCCGGAUCAAGGCCAAGGGAACGGGCGCGGAUGUCCAUCAGGAGUUCUACAAUCUGACAGUGCUGACGGCUCCACAUCCGCCGAUGGUCACUCCCGGAAACUUGGCGGUGGCCACCGAGGAGAAGCCACUGGAGUUGACCUGCAGCAGUAUUGGCGGUUCCCCGGAUCCAAUGAUAACCUGGUACCGCGAGGGCAGCACCGUACCGCUGCAGUCGUAUGCGCUGAAGGGCGGGUCGAAGAACCACUAUACCAACGCCACCCUGCAGAUUGUUCCCCGACGGGCCGACGAUGGCGCCAAGUACAAAUGCGUCGUCUGGAAUCGUGCCAUGCCCGAGGGUCAUAUGCUGGAGACCAGCGUCUCGUUGAAUGUCAACUACUACCCCCGAGUGGAGGUGGGACCCCAGAACCCCCUGCGGGUAGAACGCGAUCACGUGGCGAAGCUAGACUGUCGAGUGGAUGCCAAGCCGAUGGUCAGCAAUGUGCGUUGGUCUCGGAAUGGCCAAUAUGUGAGUGCCACGCCCGUUCACACUAUAUAUAGGGUGAACCGUCAUCAUGCCGGAAAAUACACCUGCAGUGCGGAUAAUGGAUUGGGCAAGACCGGGGAAAAGGAUAUUGUCCUCGACGUUCUAUAUCCCCCGAUUGUGGUCAUAGAGUCGAAGACCCAUGAAGCGGAAGAGGGAGAAACAGUCUUGAUUCGAUGCAAUGUCACCGCCAACCCUUCGCCCAUCAACAUUGAGUGGUUGAAGGAAGGAGCUCCCGAUUUCCGAUACACUGGGGAACUUCUGACCCUGGGUUCGGUGAGAGCUGAGCAUGCUGGGAACUAUAUAUGCAGAUCGGUGAACAUAAUGCAGCCGUUCAGUUCGAAGAGAGUGGAGGGAGUGGGUAACUCCACGGUGGCUCUGCUAGUUCGACAUCGGCCAGGCCAGGCGUAUAUAACCCCGAAUAAGCCCGUCGUUCAUGUGGGCAAUGGAGUGACCCUAACGUGCUCGGCCAAUCCACCGGGAUGGCCUGUUCCCCAAUAUCGAUGGUUCCGCGACAUGGAUGGCGACAUUGGAAACACCCAGAAGAUCCUAGCCCAAGGUCCCCAAUACUCCAUUCCAAAAGCCCACUUGGGCAGCGAGGGUAAAUACCACUGUCAUGCUGUGAAUGAGUUGGGAAUCGGAAAAAUAGCCACUAUCAUCCUGGAAGUACACCAGCCACCUCAGUUUCUAGCCAAGCUGCAGCAGCAUAUGACCCGACGAGUGGGCGAUGUGGACUACGCGGUGACUUGCAGUGCCAAGGGCAAGCCCACUCCACAGAUUCGAUGGAUCAAAGAUGGAACCGAGAUCUUGCCUACUCGGAAGAUGUUCGACAUACGAACCACUCCCACUGACGCCGGAGGCGGAGUGGUGGCGGUGCAGAGUAUCCUGAGAUUCAGGGGCAAGGCCAGACCUAAUGGAAAUCAGCUGCUGCCAAACGAUCGAGGAUUGUAUACUUGCCUGUACGAAAACGAUGUGAAUUCAGCCAACUCCUCCAUGCAUCUGAGGAUCGAACAUGAACCAAUCAUCAUCCACCAAUACAACAAGGUGGCCUAUGAUCUCCGGGAGUCCGCUGAGGUUGUGUGCAGAGUUCAGGCCUAUCCGAAACCCGAGUUCCAAUGGCAAUACGGAAACAAUCCUUCGCCGCUGACCAUGUCUUCGGAUGGUCACUAUGAAAUCAGCACGAGGAUGGAGAACAACGAUGUCUACACCUCCAUUUUGAGGAUAGCCCACUUGCAGCACUCGGACUAUGGCGAAUAUAUCUGCAGAGCCGUGAAUCCCUUGGAUAGCAUACGAGCUCCCAUAAGACUGCAGCCCAAAGGAGCACCGGAGAAGCCUACGAACUUGAAAAUACUAGAAGUGGGUCACAACUAUGCCGUCUUGAACUGGACGCCGGGAUUCAAUGGUGGCUUCAUGAACACUAAAUAUCUGGUGAGCUACAGGAGAGUGGCCACGCCUAGGGAACAAACCCUAUCCGACUGUUCGGGCCAUGGGUAUAUACCCAGCUAUCAGAUAAGCAGUUCUUCCAGCAACUCCAACCACGAGUGGAUCGAGUUCAAUUGCUUUAAGGAGAAUCCUUGCAAACUGGCGCCCCUGGAUCAGCACCAGAGCUACAUGUUCAAGGUCUAUGCUCUGAAUUCCAAGGGAACUUCGGGUUACUCCAACGACAUACUGGCCACCACCAAAGUCAGUAAGAUCCCACCGCCGCUGCAUGUAAGCUAUGAUCCCAAUUCGCAUGUUUUGGGCAUCAAUGUGGCAGCCACCUGCUUGUCCCUCAUCGCGGUAGUGGAAUCGCUCGUUACCAGGGAUGCCACAGUACCCAUGUGGGAGAUUGUGGAAACCCUGACUCUGCUUCCCUCGGGCAGUGAAACGACCUUCAAGGAGGCCGUCAUCAACCACAUGUCGCGGCCUGCCCACUACACCACAGCCACCACUUCAGGCAGGAAUCUGGGAGCUGGUGGUGGCUCUCACCUGGGCGAGGAUCGGACAAUGGCCUUGGCCGAGACAGCGGGUCCAGGUCCAGUGGUGCGGGUCAAACUCUGUCUGAGAUCUAACCAUGAACACUGCGGAGCUUAUGCCAAUGCAGAAAUUGGCAAGUCCUACAUGCCGCACAACUCCUCCAUGACAACCUCCGCUUUGGUGGCCAUCAUCAUCGCCUCCCUCUCAUUCCUCGUUUUUCUGGCUCUUGUCUACGCUUUUUGUCGCUGCCGGAGGAGACACGCCUCCAAAAAGGACAGUGGGUCUGUGGGAGGGGUAGGAGGAGGAGGCACCGCCAACACCACCACAAAUCCUGGAUCUGCGGGAGCCAAGGAGUACGACCUUGAUCUGGACGCCAGUCGAAGACCGUCGCUGAGUCAGGAUCCACAGCAAUCGCAGCAGCAACCACCACCACCACCACCGUACUACCCGACCGGAAGUCUGGACUCCAAGGACAUUAGCAAUGGAAAUGGCGGGAUGGAACUCACCCUCACCGCCCUCCACGAUCCCGACGAGCAGUUGAAUAUGCAGCAGCAGCAGCACCACAAUAACCACGGCCAGUACCAACAGCCCAAAGCCAUCCUGGGAAUCUACGGCGGAGUAGGUGGUUCGGGGGGCAACGGUUCCGGCGGACAGCAUCCACAUUCGAACGGCUACGGCUAUCAUGUGACAAGUGCCAUCGGCGGGGACGGCGACAGCUAUCAAGUGCUGCCCUCCGUUGCCAACUCAGCAGCCGGAUCCCACGGACAUGGCAAUGGACAUGGACACGGACUAGGAGCCGGAGAGUCAGGACCACUUGAGGCGACGCCAGGCAACAUCAGCAGCAUCAGCGGCAGCAGCAGCAGCAACAUCAACCCGAUGCAACAGCAACAUUCAGCACGCGCCAAUCUAACGAACCAACCCACCAUCGCCAUCGCCAACACCACCAACAACAACUACAACCACAACAAGAACCACUCGAACAACAGCACCACCAACAACGCCGGCAACUGCACCACCCUGAAGCGCAGCCACUUGGGAAAUAGAGAACGGGAAAGGUCCUUGGUAACCGCAGCCACAGCGGCAACAACAACGGCUCUGGCAACCACCAUAACAACAACUUCUCGUAAUGCCAAGGCGGCUACAACAACAACCACACUAGCCAUCACAGGGUCAAGCAACAAUUCAAACGAGAAUAACUACAGUAACGCCAGGGAUCUGUCGCAGGAGGCGUUGUGGCGUCUCCAAAUGGCCGCCGCCCAGUCUCAGCAGAUUUAUGUAGAGCGCCCACCAUCAGCGUUUAGUGGCCUGGUCGACUACAGUGGUUACUCGCCGCACAUCCCGACGGUCACCAGCUCCCUCAGUCAGCAGAGUUUCAGUCCCACGCAACAAUUGGCGCCCCACGAAAUGCUGCAGGCUGCCCAGCGGUAUGGAACUUUAAGGAAAUCCGGAAAACAGCCGCCUCUUCCACCGCAGCGAAAGGAUCUGCAACAGCAGGCGAAGCCACAACAGCAAAUGGCGGAUAUAAUACAGGAUUUGGCAAAUUAAACUAAUUGCCAGUUAAGAGACAACAGCCCGCAACAAAAACGGCAACCAAAUACAUUUUGACAUAAGCAUUUAAGUAAGUAAAUAGCAAAAAACCAUGCGUAAAAAAUUUAAAUUUUUAGCUGUUUAAGUGGCGUGAAAAUUGCUAGCAAAGCAAACAUAAAACCAAAUUAAGAGGAAACUUGCCUAUUUCGACCAAAACCAGAAAAAAUGCUGUAAAUGUGAAAAACUACAGAAAUACCAAAAAGAAUAUUUAGACAUACACAAAGAUAUGGAAAAAGUAGUUAAGUCCCAAAGGUCUUUAACCUGUAAUUCCUUUUAAAAGAGUUGAAAAACAUAGGAUAGUCAAAGAUAACUUCUACGUUCUGAAAUAUUAUCUGUAAAGCGUUGAUUUUGAUUUACAAUUAUUUCUAAUUUUUUGGUAACUUCAUUAUAAACAGUAUUAAUGAUCCAAAUAUAGGCAAGUCUAAACUUGUUUCCUUGCAAAAAUCUAAUCAAAAGUAGAACAGCAAAUAGACAAACCGAACAAAGUUUCUAAGCAACCCCACUUUAAUUUGCCCACCGCAUAUAUUAUUUAUGUUUAAACAAUAGGGCAUUUCAUAUUUUUUUUAACAUGUGGCCAAACUAUUGAGGUCACGGCGACAAACUGCAAGCUGAAAAAGAGCGCCAUAAUAUUCUGGUCAAAUCAUUGUUAAACCGAGAGCCAAACGCAAAAGCCACCUUUUGAGGUUUCUAUGCCUUUUUUAGAAUAUGGAAAUUGUGUUCGUUUAAAUCAAAUAAAACAGACAAAAUGUUCAUUUAAUUGCUUUUCCACCCAGCCGGGCCCAAAUAAACAUGACCAAUAAAAAUCAAACUUCGACACAAUGCAAAAAGGCUAAAAGGGUAAAUUGGUAAAAGGGGAAAGGUUGGCAACAGUUUCGACUCCUCAUUAGCUUUUGUCUCUAUUGGGGCAUUAAAUUGGAACGAAUAUUUGUUUGCUCGGUUCGACUAAUUGCGCUGCUAAUUUCAAUUGUUCGCAUUGUCGGCGAGCAAUAAUAAUGCAAAAAUUGUAAUUACAAAUUAACAAUUGGUCGGUCGUCUGGGUCCCUCGGUGACCUAAAAUUAGAUUGUGUAAAUUUGCAAAUUAAUUUGCCAUUGCACAAAGCCCUCAGUGCAAGUCAGCUCUGCCAAAUCAGAGCACACAAUAUCAGUUUAUUUACUGAGCAAUCUGUAAAUUGUAGACAGGACAUGGAGUCAUUAAAUUGCAACUGCAACUGCCACUGCAAGCAAUUUUUAAGCUCAGCGCUGCCAGUCAACAGUCCAAGUGAGUUGCAUUUACAUAUAAAGCUAUAAAAAAUAUUUAAACAGCGCCAUACAGAACCGCAAAAUAUGGAAAUUAAAAUAGAAAAACUAUCCGUUAGGGCAAAGAGAGCAAGUCUUUGAA